AUGGUGCCCACGCCGAGAACGAAUGGCUAUAGCUCGCGAGUGAAGCCUACGCUCGAGAUCAUCCCUUCUUCCCGCUUCAUCGUCUUCAACGGCAGCGAGCAUGAGGCCACCCCCGUCAAGCUCGAAGGCGUCGUCCGCCUCACCACGCCCGAGCCGACCAGCAUCCUCAAGCCCAAGGUGCGGUUAGAGGGCAAACGCAAGAUCAGCUGGUACUACAUGGGCGGCAUUGGUGCGGGCGAGGUGACGGACAAACGCACGUUCUGGAGUCAAGAGCAACGGCUGGGUAAUCUGGAGAGCUCGCAUAAGGUGAAAGCGGGAACCAUAGAAUGGCCGUUUGAAUUCGAGCUGUCUCCCACGAUGCCCGAGAGCGUGGAGGGGUUGCGGGAGACGUAUAUCGCAUACCACCUCAGCGCGAGCGUGUCGAGACCGGGUUGGAAUGCAAAGGACAUCGUUGCGCAGGAGCACAUACGGAUUGUGCGGACGCUGGGGCAGGACUCGAUGGAGAUGACGCGGUCGCGGGUGAAUGCGGAUAUCUGGGCGAACAAGAUUGCGUACAGUAUCUCGAUACCGACAGAUGCGAUAGUGUUCGGGACAUCGAUUACGGCGGACGUGGAGCUGUCGCCGAUCAAGAAGGGGUUGGUGCUGGGGAAGGUGGAGUUGCGGUUGCUGGAGACGGUGGUGAAGCGGAUACAGGCGAGCGAGGUGCCCGGGGAUCGAGACCGGAGUAAGAGUGACGAGACGGAGGUCGCGAAGACGGACUUGGAGUUCCCGGAGCAGUCGAGGGUGAUGUACGACGACGAGACGGUGGACAACCCGACCAUGGCCGACGAGAUGUACAAGUUCAAGGUCACGCUGCCAUUACCGCGAUCGUUGAACACCUGCCGGCAGGACGUGGACUCCCAUCAGAUCAACGUCACGCACCGGUUUAAGCUCAUGGUGAAUAUCCAUAACCCCGAGGGACACAUAUCGCAGCUGGUCUGUCGAUUACCGGUCAAGCUCUUUAUUUCGCCUAAUCUACCGGUGGACGAGUCGAAUAAUGUGUGCGCGGUGGUUAAUGGCAUGUCGGACGAGGUGCUGAACAACACCGAGACGACUGUCACUGCGCCGCCUGAGUACGGACGACAUCAGCUCGAUCAGCUGUUUAGUGACAUGGACCCGAUCAAUCUGGCGAGUCGAGCGCCUAGUAUGCCUGGCUCGCCUUCUGGACUCGGCGCGCAGAGUAGACGAGGGUCGCAGGACGGCAUGCCUUCACUGAAUGGCGUAGCGAACGAGCUCGCAGAAAGCUUACCCAACGGCAACAGCGUAGAUGAGCACGGCAGCGCGAGUCCAUCAAUCCUCCACUCCCGUCUAGCAGACCUACAACAACGAGGCAUAUCCGUAGCCGGACGGUCAAACAACAACAGCCCCUCAGGCGGCAACUCACCCACACCCGGCAUGAACGACCUCCCCGAUAUACCGCGAUCGAUCCCUUCCUCCUUACCCACAUCAUCAUACAUCAACACCUCCGCCUCCCGCCACUCCCCGCAAACCAGCGCGCCCAUCUCCCGCCGCGUCUCCAACGAAGAAACCAACCCCACCAACAACAACAACAACAACACCACCACCGACGUCACCCAAAGCGACUACGACAUGGCCUCCCUCGCCCGCGUCCCCUCCUACGGCGCCGCGCUGCGCAUGCCCUCAGGCGCUCUCACACCCUUCACCGACGGCCCGCCCACCUACGUCGAAGCUACCUCGCGCCCAGCGAGUCCAGGGAUCCAGAGACCCGGGCUCGCGCACGUACGACAUGGAGGCGACACGCCACGGAGCGCGAGUAGUUCCGGCACAUCGACGGGCGCGAGUUUGGGAGCGGGAGGCAUGCCGGCGCCGGCACAUCAUCGGACGGCGAGUAGGGCGGCGGAGGACGAUGCGAGGGCGAGAUUGCGCAUGCUGCGGGCGAGGACUUAG